CUAAGACUGCCUUGCAAGCGAGCUUAGCAUCAAUCAAGCAAUACCUCAAUGAACUUUCGAGGUCUAAAUGCACAUCGAAACAUUUCUUUACGGAGCUGCCAGCCCAGAUGCAUUCGGCUUGCUGUAUAAACCACACUUCUGAACCGCUUAGCAAAAGCAAUGCAUAUCCUGGUCACGAACGAUGACGGGCCACCGUCGGCGGAGGCUUCUCCGUACGUGCUGCCCUUCGUGAAAGCGCUUGAACGAGCUGGACAUACCGUCUCGGUCAUUGUUCCUGACACCCAGCGCUCAUGGAUUGGUAAAGCACACAUUGUUGGCCAAGACGUACAGGCCAGUCACUACUGGCCGCCAGUAGAGAAUCCGAAGGAGCACUCGAUUGCCGCAUCAAGCCAGGACGACGGCAACCAUCCGUGGGUCUUGGUGAACUCAACACCAGCAAGCUGUGCUCAGCUAGGCCUAAGUCAGUACUUCUUCCUCGAUCGAGGCUCGAUUGAUCUGGUUAUAUCAGGACCAAACUUCGGCAGAAAUACGACAGCUGUGUUUGCGCUCUCCUCUGGCACAUUAGGUGCUGCACUGGAAGCGGCAGUAUGUGGCUAUCACGCAAUAGCACUUUCUUACGCCUUCUUCGAUCGUAACACGCCAUCCGACAUUGUAGAGGAAGCGUGCAAGCAUAGUGUAACCGUCUGCGAGCACUUGGCACAGAAGGCCGAAUGGGGUGGCGGCCGUCUCUAUUCCGUCAACGUACCCUUAAAAAAAGGCGUGAGCACAGCCAAGACCGUCUACACGCAGAUGCUUCAGAAUGAGUGGAGGAAAGGCGCAUGCUUUCAGGAAUUACCACAGUCAUUUGCAGUUGACGAUGCAAUCUCGGAAGAAGCUCGUUUAAGGCGGCAAGAAAGCAGCGAGGGCGUUCAAAGUGGUGUUGCGACUCCUGCGAGUACCCAGUGGCGACAUAGGCACUUCAAAUGGGCUCCCAGGUUCACAGACGUAUACGAUGCUGUGCAGCAGGCAGGUCCGGGCUCAGAUGGCUGGGCUGUGAAAGAAGGUCAGACGUCAAUUACUGCAAUUCGAGCGAACUUCAUGCAUGCCGGCCCGACAGAAGGAGAGGUCAAGCUGUAAAUGUGGCACUCAAUCUGGAUGGUUGCAGGGAGCCGCGCUCGGAUUUCUCGGGGGUUAACACGCUCCCCACACAUAAAGUCCAGUUACUCCUCGUACGAUCUCAAGUCGCUGCAUGUUACGUUUCUACCACAAGUCCGCCAAGCAACCCCGCGAGGAAUUCAAAGAGUACCGGUCCACCACUAUGACAAUGAAGCUAACAAUGAUUCUUGCUGGAAGUGUCAAUGACUUUCUCUGCUUGACUGCUGCCUCUCUUCCUUCGUCUACGAUCAGCCUGGGUUACAAUGGGUGCCAUAGCAGACAGCAAACUCACUCGUCUAGGUCUGAUACUUGUAGCAUCAAACAUUUGCAUCGGUAGUUGUACACAAGAGUUGCCAUGUUGCACCAUUGAUACUUCCGGAAGCUUGCAAUGGCCGCUCAAACACAUGAGGUGCUUGGGGCCAGAUUAAUUCGAGGCACCGUGAUCGA